CAAAAUGCCAGAUGGCCAGGCCACCCCUGGUGGGCAGGGCUAAAAGAAUGGUAUUUGACCCUGCGCGUUAGCCUCUGUUCGCCGACAGAUGAGACCGCCUCGCUGCUUUUUGCUACAGCUAGAACAAGUAGUAUAAUUUAUUGAUAUUAACUUAUAUCAGAAAUUUCAACCGGAGCAAUCAUAUUUUACAAUGGCUAGGUACAUGAGGCCCCCUAACCCCUCACUCUUCAUUAGAAACAUCUCCGACGAAUCCAGGUAGCUAUGAUUGAAUCCUUCGCUUCGGGCGUGCGAGGUACAGUAGCUAGCUAGCUAGCUAGCUAGCUAAUGUAUGCUAGCGAGCAACAUUAGCUAGGUGGCUAAACUGUGUUGUUGUUUACUGAUUUUUGCUAGCUAGCAUUUACGGUGCAAGCUUGUAGUUAAAUGUUGUCAGCUGCUAGUUGUCUUUGUCUAUGAUGAGAAACGUUAACGUUAGUUGGAUAGCUAACUAGCUAUCUGAAAAAGUUAGCUACCUAAGCUUUGUAUCAAAGCUACAGGCAGCUAAGCAGAAACGUUAGCAUGUCUGCUAGGCUACAUGCCAUGAGUUUGCACCAAAUAACGUUUGUCUACAGUGGUGUGUACAAAAACAGGAGAGUUGUUUGAACCAACUGUGAAUAACCUAACUUAGCUGGCCAUCUAUCUACCUGCCACUGUUUCUGCUCUUUUGCCAACUCCAUAUCAUGGAACUGGCUGAACCAGUACCUGGGUUUAACUGGCAUGCAUGCAUGCCAAACGUGACAGGAGUUGGCAUGAUGGCACAAAGAGACUGGCACUCAGGCUACCGUCUACCUGGCUUGUGGUGCAUUAAAUAGUUAUUGUCCAAUGUCACAUUUUAUACCCCCAUUUCUAUGGUAAGUAUUAAGCCAAUUUAGUUGAAUCUGAAGGUUCUCUUAUUGGCCACAGUUGCAGGUUUGAACUUUGAAUCACACUGGUCUAACAUUAGCCUAAAAGGGGUGUAUGUUGCUGGCCAUUAGAUUAAAUGUCCUGUCAUUUCACGACACUUUAGGCCAGAGGAACUACGCCGUGAGUUCGGUCGUUAUGGGCCUAUUGUAGAUGUCUACAUUCCACUAGACUUCUCUACAAGGCGACCAAGAGGAUUUGCUUACAUUCAAUAUCCUUUAUACUCAUGUAAUGUAUUAAUGAACAUGUCUUCUCAUUCGGUGCUUUAUUAUUAUUCACACAUGGGGUCAUAUUGACAAUGUCACACGUAUUGAGUUUGCCUACUGUUUUGAAGUAUUUAUUGUAUAUUUGUCAUAAAAGUAGGCUAUACUGGUUUUAUGGGAGGGGAACAUUAACAACAUUCGAACGCAGUAAAAUGUGUACAAGCAUUAAUCAACAUCUCCUCUCCUAACUAAAAUUGCUUCUGUUACCCUAGAAAUGUUAAAGACAUACAGUUCUGGAGAAACCACAACAAAGAAUGUAAAGACUGGCGUAGAGUAGUUUCAAGCCAAAGGGACCAUAAUGAUUUCAGGCGACACGAAAUAGUGGGAAAAGAACACAAAGAGCAAAGUUAAAGCAUGAAGACACAAGGAGGAGAAUAGAGAGCAUGAAGGCUUCCAUUUGUCUACCAAAGAGGAACAUUUAAAGGAUGUAUUGGGUGAAGACAAGCCGGAAAUCUCAAGUUCUUCUGCCAAGCAGUUAAAGAGCGUAAAAAGUCAAGCUGAAGAUCAAAGGUCAAGCAUGUUUAAAGGUGACAAGCUUAAUGUUUUGUAUCCUACCAAAUAGAACCCUUGCUCUUCACCUCCAAAUAUUUUGCUCUGUGUGUUCUCUGUACAAAAGGACAAGAAAAUCAUAUCAAUUGUAUGAUAACUUUUUAAUUAUAUACUAGAUUACUGAAAUAAGAUUUCAAUGAUGCAUUUGUAUAGCCUUAUUUCUCGUUACCCCCCCCAAAAUUUCAACAGAAGUUUCAUCUUCAUGUUUUUAAUAUUUUAGCUUACUAUUAUCCCAUGUUGGCACACAAUUGACUUACCAAUUGAAGCUUCUAGCCUCUAUACUUCAUUGUUUUAAUACUUUUGUAGUUGUAUGUGUGCUCUCCAUGUCUCUCCAUUUCCACACCCCCCUCCACAAGUGUAAGUAAAAAGCCUUAACAGUCUGUAGCACAUUCGAGGACGUGCGAGAUGCAGAGGACGCCCUCCACAACCUGGACCGCAAGUGGGUGUGUGGCCGACAGAUCGAGAUCCAGUUUGCACAGGGUGACCGAAAAAGUAAGACUGGAUUUUAUUUAGGUGCCCUGUAUGAGUGCACUAUUUACUGUCUACCAAUCAAUUCAACAUGAAGAAUUUCAAGUUUCACUGUCGUAACAGUUUACCCAAGAAUAUAAGUAGGAAAGUCUAACUAGGCCUACAUCUUCACUUUUAGCGGCAAUAUCUUGACUCGGGUCUCUCAGACUAGUGAAAUCAUUGCCAACCUGCAUGCAAAAGUAUUUUUAAAGCCCUUGUUGCUCAACUAUCCUUGUGCCCAGUAUUUAAUUUGAAUGACUAUUGUCCCUCCAGCCCCCAACCAGAUGAAGACGAAGGAGAGCUCUCCUCGCAGAGGGUCCCGCAGCAGCUCCUUCUCCCGCUACGACGACUACGAACGCGGUGAUGGCCGACGCAGACGCUCUCGCAGUCGCAGCUACGAAAGGCGCCGGUCACGCAGCCCUUCCUGCGACCGCCGUCCUCGGAGGUCGGAGAGCCCUAGAGAGUGAGUUCCUCUGUGACACUGAAACUAAACCACCGUUUCACUUGUCAAGUAAUCCUCCCAAGGGGCUUUCAUUGCAGACCGAAAUGCCUUUGUAUACAGACUGGUUCUUACUUUCACUUUUCUCUCUACAGCUCUCGAUCAUAUGGCAGGCACAGGCGAAGCAGAAGCCAUGAGAAUGACAGGUAGACCAAUAUAUACAACUCCGUAUUCUGACUUACCUAACACUGCACAGUGCAAUAAGAUUGCAUUUAUACUGCAUAGGCCUGUGUGGUUUCAAAACACUUUACAAUUGUCAAGUCAGUGUAUUCAUUAAUGUGUAGACUGAUUCUUCUGUUCAUAUCCCAUCGUCCUUUUUUUCUCCAGGUACAGGGGCCCUCCACGUGAACACAACAGGAUGCACCAUGCACCCCUGUCUCGUAACCGCUCCGCCUCCCACUCCCCCUCUCCUCCCAGAUCCAGGCCCAAAGACGCAAAGUCCCAGUCCAAAUCACCCAGCCCCGUCAAGGACUUCCACCCCUCUUCUGGCACCCAGAAACAGGCCUGUGGACGCUCCUACUCCAGAUCCCUGUCCCGAUCGCGCUCUCACUCCAGAUCCUAGGACCUCACACCCUCAAACCCUGUUACUCUGUCGCUAAAUAUGUUUAUGUUCAACACUAUAACAUAUGAAUAUGGAGGCUAGUGAGUGGUUAUUACACAAUACCACCUCAGUUCAUUAGUUGAGUUAUCAUGAUAUCUCUGGGCUGAUGCCAUACAACAGGAGAGCUGGUUGUCCCUACAGAUGGAUAGUAAUUGUUAAUGUUAGUUCAGUUUCAUUUACCUCCUCUGAAGAACAUUGGCUGUUUAAUUUACCUUCAUAUUGGUUUAAUUCUAUUAAUUGAACCCAAUGAUAUUAAGUUCAGCACAUUAGAAUUGGUCAACUGUGUAAAAUAUGAAGGUACUGCUUGUUUUGGGCUAACAGGUAUUCACCUCUGGCUACAGAACAGGUUGAGAGUGCAAAAAAACAUAAGACGAGAAGUUAUAAAUCUGGAGUUUGCAGUGAUAUCUAGUCAAGUUUACUGUUAUUAUUUUUUUUACAUUUGAUAUAGAUAAAAUGUCCAGCAUUUUUUU